GUUAUAUGCACCAUUUGGAUUUGUUUAACUGCUUCUUUUUCCCGGCGUCACUGAUUGAAUUGAUGACCAAAAUAUGUCAGCGACGGAUCAGAUUCGGGCUCUACUGGAUGAAUAUAUGGGCACAACUAGAGAUGGUGUUCAUGAAUGUGUUUGUGCGGUUGAAUGUCAAUUCAUGUAAGUGAAGGGUCUGAGGGUUAUUCGAUGGUUUAGAUCUGAAAUGUAAAUGCAUUAAUUUUUGCUAUUCCAUGAGCUUUGUUGACCGCAUAUACCGGUAACGCCUAUUUAGGACAAGAACCAAGAAUAGAGUUUGAUAAUCCUCGCGUCUGUAAAAGCUAUCUACUGGAUUGUUGUCCAAAUGAAAUCUUAUCAGGAACGGUAGGUCUUCAAUUAAUCUAACUUUGUUUAGCGGAUGGACUUGGGGAACUGUUUGUUCAUACAUGACCCAGCACACAAGGCAGAUUAUCGCAAGGAACCGGAUACGAAGAAGUUUCAAUAUGAACUUGACGCGCUAGAACAUUUGGAGGCCUUUAUUCGGGAUUGUGACCAACGCACUGAAGUAGCAAAGGCAAAACUACGUGAGACUCAGGAGGAAUUAACAGAUGAAGCUUCUCAAAAAGCUGAACACAUAAACCAGUUAAGCGAGCAGAUAGGAACAAAACUAGCUAAGGCUGAGCAGCUUGGCGCAGAUGGUCACGUUGAAGAAUCUUUGAAACUUAUGAAAGAGGUUGAAGAGUUGAAUCUUGAGAAAGCUAAAAGUGAGGCUGAUCUGCGUACUGCCAUACCCACAAGUACAUAUCAACAACAGAAACUCCGCGUAUGCGAAGUUUGUUCGGCCUACCUUGGUGUACAUGAUAAUGACCGUCGCCUAGCUGAUCAUUUUGGUGGAAAACUGCACUUGGGCUUUAUAGAAAUAAGGAAAAAAUUAGAUGAGUUAAGGCAGUACGUCAGCGAAAACCAUAUAGUACGCCGUCGCAGAUUUGAAGGCUACAACCGCUCAUUAUUCGUAACAGUGGAAGAAAGACGUGACAAGGAACGUGAUCGGGAGCGCGAGCGGGAAGUUGAGCGAAGUGAACGUCGUCAGAAGUCCCGAAGUCGUAGUCGAUCAAGAAGUCGUUCGCGCAGUCGGAGACAUAGUCGACAUCGUAAUGGCAAACAUUCCCAUAAAAGUAAAAAGCACCACCACCGCUCAUCAAAGCGAAAAAGUGAAGACCGUCAUUAAAACUUUAACCCUUGUAUAAUAUUGACUUUGAUUAUUAACCUGUAUCUAUUCCUUUUUCUUUAAAGAAUCGUUUCAGUAAAAACAUAUUCCUAUGAUCUAUGCUUGGUUUUACUUCAUAGUUUUAACAUUGGAUGAGAUUGAU